AUGCUGAUACUCGAGGGUAUCCCGCUGUUCCUGAUCGAAAUGGCUAUAGGACAGAAGAUGAGGCUGGGUUCCCUCGGAGUCUGGAACACUAUACAUCCAUGGCUGGGUGGGAUUGGCAUAUCCAGUUGUGUUGUAACACUGUUUGUGGCGCUGUACUACAAUGUCAUUAUAACUUGGGUCUUCUUCUAUCUAUUUAAUAGUAUUCGGUUAAGCGCUGAUGCCCUACCCUGGGCCCACUGUCCGCAAGACAAUGGCACAGCUGAAGAGGAAUGCUCGAAGACCUCAGCCACUGUCUACUAUUGGUACCGCGAAGCCCUGGACGCGGCUCCGAGCAUCGAUGAUCCAGGGGUGCCGCGCUGGUGGAUCGUUCUCUAUCUUCUAUUGGCUUGGAUUAUUGUAUUCUUUAUCGUGAUGAAGGGCAUACAGAGCAGUGGAAAGGUGGUUUACUUCACAUCCCUCUUCCCCUACGCAGUCUUGACGAUUUUCUUUGUCCGGGGCAUAACUCUUCCGGGGUCGGCUGAUGGUAUUCUUCACAUGUAUAAACCCAAAUUGGGAAAGCUCCUUGAUCCAACUGUAUGGCUAGACGCUGCAACCCAGGUCUUCUAUUCGUUCGGGCUCGCGUUCGGUUCGCUGAUCGCCUUUGGGUCGUACAAUCCGCCGAACAACAACUGCGUGAGGGAUGUGCUGCUCGUAUCUGUGUGCAAUGCCCUCACAGCCAUAUAUGCGUCGGUUGUUAUAUUCAGUAUUCUUGGCUUCAAGGCAUUUACUAUGGUCGAGAAGUGUAUUGGCAAGGAAAUAAAAGUACUAGCCCUUCAUCACAUCGGCGGUUUUACCCUUAACUCCACUCAGGAGUAUUAUGAAGAAUAUUACCCAAGACUUAGCGACAACAUCACUUCGUCUCUCAACCUCACUGGAUGCACGAUGAGUCGACAACUUGACGAGGCGGCAGAAGGAACAGGUCUAGCCUUCAUCGUAUUCACCCAAGCAAUUCUCAAGCUCACUCCAGCGCCCUUCUGGUCAAUUAUCUUCUUCUUGAUGCUUCUGUCACUGGGUCUCGGGAGCCAGAUCGGUAUUAUGGAAGGAAUGCUUUGCACCAUCUUCGAUAUUGACUUCUUUAAGAGAUUUAGCAAGCCCGUUAUCACUGGUUCAGUGUGUACUUUCUGCUUCUUCGUGGGUCUCAUUUUCACAACUGGCGCUGGCGAGUAUUGGCUCAAGAUGUUCGACUCUUUCGCUGGAACAAUAGGAUUGGUAGUCGUCGCUUUGCUGGAAAUGAUAUCUGUUAUCUACAUAUACGGCCAUGAGAAGUUUACCAACGAUAUCUACGAGAUGACUGGGUACCGCCCAGGCGUGUACUGGCAGGUGACCUGGCGCUAUGUUGGUCCCUUCAUCGUGUCCUGCAUUCUUCUGUCCUCACUGAUCUUCAUGCUCAUCAACCCACCGACUUAUGGUGCUUGGAAUGCGGCUGAGGGACGCGUUGAAAAAACCCAAUACCCCAACUGGGUUCUAAUUAUCGCAGUCCUAAUGAUCCUCGCUGGAGUAUUACCGAUUCCCAUUGUGCUGCUGUUACGUCGCUUCCAAUGUCUCUCUCUUGACGUGGAUAUCCAUCAGGGCUCGAUUAGGAGAAUUGAAACCACUGUCUCCACAAAGGAGAUGAUGAGUGACCAGGACGUAAUAUCGCCGGAGUCGGCUCCGCCAGCGCCUGCGCAACUUGUAGCUGACGUCGCUACAAAGUUUACUAUCGGCGACUUUGACUCUUCCGAUUCCGAGCAGGGCGAAGUGCGAGCGUCCGGCACGUGCAACGUCUCGAGUAGUAGUGACGAAGACAUUCCAAAUACAAAAUAUUCCCCUGUUCCCGGUACGAGGUUCGCUUUGAAGCCGAUUGGUCAUAAGCCAACUACGUUCAAAAUGGACGUCGUUGACGAUUGA